AUGCUGUGUAUGCACUUGGUUUUUCCAAUUCUAGAAGAAAAUAUAUAAACCUCUAUCAGUAAGAAUUUAACGAAACCUUUCAGGCAACCAAGAUGCAAUUUUUAACAAUUCUCACGCUCAUGUGUCUUGUUUCUUGAUGUUGACGGUUGGUGGAUGUGGGGCAAAAAAGGAAACAACAAUGGAUGUUCUAAACGAGAUGGAGCUUAUCCGUAUUAUUUUGGCACGACUAAACUCUCCUGCGUCAUUAAAAAAAGUUUGAAAAGGGGAAAACGUAGUGCUCCUUCAAGAGGAACUUUGGAUUUGUCCCACCGUUUCAUUGAAUACAGAGGAAACUACUAUGAUUUUCUAUCCAAUUCCAAAGUGUCGAUCUCUAAAACACAACUGUGGGGAGAUUCAUGUAGCGGGAAAAAGGAAGCCUCCCCAGCCGGUUACAGCGAACUCAGUCCAGAAUGUAUUGAAGGUUGUGCCAAAAAUUACAAAUGUAAGUAUGGAAGAUACAACUUACUGACCAACAACUGCCACCAUCUCGCUAACCGGUUGUCUGAAGUCCUGUGCAGAAGAGGUACAACAUGCCCAGACUGGUGCAAGGGCACAUGUAACGAUGCGGUAUAUUAAUAGUGAUCUCUGUGAUAAAUGAACAAAAUAUUGCUAUGAAAUCAAGAUGGCCACUACCCUUUUGUUUAUUCCAAUGCUUCAUAGAUUAACAGUAAUAAAAUUGAUAACUGUC